AGUAGGGAUGACACAGAUAGCAAGUCCUAGUCAGAGCUGCCGCUACAUUUAGGAGAAACAGCGGUGUCUGCGGCUCCCACCCUUCAGGGGGCCCGUGGGGGGGGCGGUGUCAGGGGCAUGGACGCCACCCCCCAGGGGUCUCUGCUGCCGGCUACUCUCCUCUCCACGUGCUCUCUCUAGAGGGAGGAAGAAGGGCCCAGGAAAAGUGGUAUUGCGAUCUUCUGCAAAGGGGUCAUAGCAUGCACAAGAAAUGAGGAGUAGGUUGGAGGAACUGAAAUUCUUGGAGGGAAGAUGGAGAAAUCAAGUCCUUGAUCUUGAGACAGAGCCCCUCCAGGACCCCCGACGCCGCCUAGGCGCCCAGCGACCCGCGGCAGGUGGCAGCAGCUCGGGCCCCCGCCGCACUCCAGGCGCCCGCAGCGCUCGCCCUGACGCGGCCGCCAUGGCGCAGGAGAACGCGGCCUUCUCGCCCGGGCCGGAGGAGCAGCCGCGGCGGCGCGGCCGCCAGCGCUACGUGGAGAAGGAUGGCCGGUGCAACGUGCAGCAGGGCAACGUGCGCGAGACAUACCGCUACCUGACGGACCUGUUCACCACGCUGGUGGACCUGCAGUGGCGCCUCAGCCUGUUAUUCUUCGUCCUGGCCUACGCGCUCACCUGGCUCUUCUUCGGCGCCAUCUGGUGGCUGAUCGCCUACGGCCGCGGCGACCUGGAGCACCUGGAGGACACCGCGUGGACGCCGUGCGUCAACAACCUCAACGGCUUCGUGGCCGCCUUCCUCUUCUCCAUCGAGACCGAGACCACCAUCGGCUACGGGCACCGCGUCAUCACCGACCAGUGCCCCGAGGGCAUCGUGCUGCUGCUGCUGCAGGCCAUCCUGGGCUCCAUGGUGAACGCCUUCAUGGUGGGCUGCAUGUUCGUCAAGAUCUCGCAGCCCAACAAGCGCGCAGCCACGCUCGUCUUCUCCUCGCACGCCGUGGUGUCGCUGCGCGACGGGCGCCUCUGCCUCAUGUUCCGCGUGGGCGACUUGCGCUCCUCACACAUAGUGGAGGCCUCCAUCCGCGCCAAGCUCAUCCGCUCGCGCCAGACGCUGGAGGGCGAGUUCAUCCCGCUGCACCAGACCGACCUCAGCGUGGGCUUCGACACGGGAGACGACCGCCUCUUCCUCGUCUCGCCGCUGGUUAUCAGCCACGAGAUCGACGCCGCCAGCCCCUUCUGGGAGGCGUCGCGCCGUGCCCUCGAGCGGGACGACUUCGAGAUCGUCGUUAUCCUCGAGGGCAUGGUGGAAGCCACGGGAAUGACAUGCCAAGCUCGGAGCUCCUACCUGGUAGACGAGGUGCUGUGGGGCCACCGCUUCACGUCAGUGCUGACUCUGGAGGACGGCUUCUACGAGGUGGACUAUGCCAGCUUUCACGAGACUUUUGAGGUGCCCACACCUUCCUGCAGUGCUCGAGAGCUGGCAGAGGCUGCGGCCCGCCUUGAUGCCCAUCUCUACUGGUCCAUCCCCAGCCGGCUGGAUGAGAAGGUGGAGGAGGAGGGGGCGGGGGAGGGGGCGGGUGGGGAAGCUGGGGCUGACAAGGAGCAGAAUGGCUGCCUGCCACCCCCAGAGAGUGAGUCCAAGGUGUGACCAGCUUCCUCCAGACCCCUGUGGCAGACCGGGGGCCAGACACAGAUACAUGGGGAACUGCAUAUCGGAGGUGGUGGAGGAGGAGAAGGAGGAAGGCAAAGCCCCUGGAAAUGUGCUAAAGUUGGAAAGUCCCCGUCCUCCAGAUCCUCAAGUCUAGAAACCAGUACGGAAGGGAAGGGUCCUGAUUUCAGGGAAAUGGAGGGUGGGGCCGGGUGAACAUGCCAGUGUGUGUUUGACCUUCACAUUUGUUCAUGAGUGGAUGGAUGGACAGAAUGAUGGACUUUUGGGGGUUGGAUGGGAAGAUGGUAGCAGAUAAAGACAGCUGACAGAUACAUAAAUGGACCAGUAGACAAUUGGUCCACUCAGGGCUGCCACUAACCUGCAGAACACCCCUGUGCAAAUUCUAAAAAGGAACCCUUUUCCUCCAGACAGAUACAGCCCCAAACCAGGGUGCAUGGCUUGGGGAACAGAGUGUAGGAUGGAUUGCAGUCCCCAAUCACCUCUUCUGCCAGCCUCCCCACAUAUGGCACAACUGUCUAAUGACAUGGUAGGCCAAGCUGAAGCGAAGGAGAAAGGAGCCAGACCAAGAUGGGCACGUGAGGAGGGUGCCCUCCUAGCUCCACCCUCACCAGGAUGAAGGCAUGCAAGGGGCUCAGCAAGGUGUGAAUGACCUUAGUCCACAAGUUCAGGGAAGCAGGCAGAGCAGGCAGGUGCCUGAGCUGGGGCCUGGAGAAGGGCCUGGGAAAGGAAAACCAGGGAUAGCUAUUUUCUUACAGUGGAGUGAGAUCUUACAGGUAUCAGGCACAGGCAGGAAGAGAGAGAGGUUCUGGGGAGGAAGGGCCAGGAGAGAGAUCUAGAAAGUGGGUUCGCUGGAGCUGGGACAGAGGGAGCCCCUAGAAAAGCAGUGAGUCCUUGGGGCACAGUCAUUCACAUCACUGAUUGGGUGCCAUGUGGAGUGGACAUUCAAAAACCUGGUUCCUGUCCUCAAAAUAAGGGGCACCUGGGAAAACAGAGGAAUCUACCUGUGGCAACUGAACGAGGGAUAAUUCAAACUGACAACCUGUGCAGUCCCGUGGAGGGUGGGGGAGUGUGCGUGAUCAGAAGGCUGGGGCCGGUGUAAGGCAUAGGGAAUAUGUAAGUCAGGAGUUAGAAGUCUCCAGUGUGCGUUGGAAUCACCUGGAGGGCUUGUUAAAACACAGAUUUUUGGGCUCCACUCCAAGGGUUCUGACCCAAGAGGUGGGGACCAAAACUAUGCAUUCCUAAGAAGUCCCCAGGUCAUGCUGCUGCUGCUGGACUGGGGACCACACUUUGAGAACCUGUGCUCUAAGUGAAGACUUGGAGGUCGUCUCAGGACAUGGGGCAUAGAAACUGAGGAGUAGCUGAGAGGAAGAUGAAGAGAAGCUGAGAAGAAGCUGAGGAUCCUCACAGGAGCAGACAGAGAAAUGUGAAGGGUGGGGUUUUAUGUGUGGGAAAGGGACCUGAAGCCCAGGCUGAAGAGUUUAACUCUGGGCCCAGAAACUCAACCAUCAGUGGAAACAGGGCAGUGACAAGUGGAGGGGGUGUCUGGAAGCUGAGCGGGCCCGACAGAGAGAUGAAGCCAUCAGAAUGACUUGAGGGGGCUCCUGGGGAGGUCGGGGGGAGGUGGAGCAGGAACGGUUUUAGGGGCAAAGGACAGAACCCCUUGUGGGACUGGAGGCAGGAUUGAAUGUGGGAGAAAAUCUGAGAGAAGCGAUAGGAGUCAGAACAUCUGGAUGUGUCUGCAGCCUGCUGUCAGCCCAAUUGGGCCAGGGGGUCCCAAAGAUGCAUAUUCUCACCCCACCUCCACCUGCUUCCUGAUCACAUCCCAGUCACCAGCGGCAGCUUCCUGGAUGGUGAGGGAGAACAAUGGCAAGUUGAGAGGGGCAGAGGGGUGGAAGGGACCUGAAGCUGGCCUGGAGAAAAGCAUAGGCCCAGGAGAGCCUGCCCUGGGACAGCAUCUAUCUCCCACACAGCAGCACUGGCCCAGCAAGGGCCUCCUCCCUUGGCCCUGGCCACAUCCCACUCCCGCCCUUUCAUAAGCGCCCUGGGGAAAGCACUCCAGUCUUCUCUGUUCCAGGCUGGGCAGCCAGGGUCCUAUGGGGCACAGCCAGGGUCCUAUGGGCACAGCCAGGGCCCUAUGGGUCCUCUGGAAGCAAGAAAGAGGGCCAUGGAAGGAGCCCAGACAGCUUGGGUUCACUCAGAGAGGACCCAAGUCCCAGUCCCUUCCUUUCAGUCAAAGCACGGACAUCUUUGCCUCAGGUCACAGGGCCACUGGGGUCGUCAUCAAAGAUGAGAUUCCUGAAGCCUGGCAUUGACUGGUCCCCUAAGAACAGAUGUUGGGAUGGGGAAUGAGGAUUCAUUCGGGUUUCAGUAGAACAGGGGGGUCUGGACAAGAGGGGGUGGGAUACUUGGUAUCCACACACAGGCACUCACACAGGAGCCAACCCAUUGCAGCUGAACAAGCAGAGAAACUGAGUCUGGAAAGGCCCCUCCUGCCUGCUGAAGUCACUGAGACCCUGCCACACCUCUCCUCGCCACUGUCACCACUCAGGGCACCACUGUACAGUGCAACAAGUCAGGAGACCUAGGUCCUACUCCUGACACUUGUUAAUUAGCUCUAUGACUCUGGGCAAAUCUCAUAUCUGGGCCUCAGUUUCCUCAUCUGUAAAAAUGACACUUAGCAAACUCGUAAUGCUCAAUAAAUGUUUAAAUAACAACUGAA